UUCUCAAUUACUCCGGAUAAAACUUCUAUAGCAUCAUAUCUGCCUACCACUUCACACUAUGGAUCUCCUCAACGACUUGGAUGAUGUGCCAACCUCCACGGUUGUCUACCACAAGCAUAUAGACAUAGACAUUCCGUCGCAGACUCAAAUGGACGAGACCCAAAUGGACGAAACCCAGCCGAUUGUCACCCAACCGCCAAAACUCCUACAGGCCACCAGCAUGAUCCCGUCGUUUGACCUCUCGAUCCUCGAUAGGGUCAAGAGACGCCUCAAUGGCGAGCCCCAGAAGGAAAGCGAGGUCACAGAGGUGGCGCAAACGGAGAAGGCUGAGGCAAUCCAAGCCAUACCUGGGUCACGGGUCAACCAGGAGUAUCCCCGGGUCCAGAACGUUUCCAAGGCCAUUUCUUAUGGAGAAAAGCCAGCGGUUCCGGCCCAGACUUUGAGGACAAACUUUCUUGAUUCUCUCUUCUCUGACGACGAGAUCUCACAGCCACAGUCCCCACCGAACAAGGAAUCGUUCCAUGUUGAGGCUUCGACCCAAGAAUCCUUUGAUGUAUCACAAAAUAACAAGGAAUCCCCACAAUCUACUGCCGAACUCGCUGUUUCACGCGAAGAAAAAAUCUCGCUUCUCGCAGAAAAGAGACGCGCCGCACGCGCGGAAGAGACGCGCCGCUUACAAGAAGAGAUCUUCAACCAAACCCUCACAGACGAAGAAAACGAACUUGCUGACACGCUGGUGGUUUCCUCCGGCCACAAACGAGUCUCGCGCAAGGAAGCCGCGGAGUUGGAGCUAGCCACGCUCGAGAUCCAGCGGGAAACGGUGUUCAAGAGACGGAUCAGACCAGUAAAAAGCUCCAAAACCGCGUUUGUCAGCGCGUUCAUCGGCUCUUCGCAGCCCAGUAGUCCCUUGAUCGAGGCCGCACACCGCAGCAGUCCUGUGACGUCGCCGAUGAGGGGUGACAAGCCCCUGGAUGGCUCCGAUGACGAUGUGACAGCCAAUGGGUUGGAUCUUUUAGCCAAGCCGGGCGCUACGAAUUCGCUGGAACCAGGAGCUGCGGAUUUCGUUUUGAGUAACCCGUUGGGGGCUUACAAGAUCAGGCUCCAGGAGGAGCUCGCGCGCAACGCGUCGUCACGGCUCGUUGACUUGGACUCGGACGAGGAUCUCAGCGAGCUCAAAACACUCACAUCCAAGGCCAACCGUUUGGAAGUCAAGCACCGGUUCCAGCGGCGAAACAUGGCCAAGUCGUCGGUGUCCUGCGCGGUUUUGCGUCAGACCCCGACGGCUGGUGCUGCUCUCAAGGACUCUGGCCGUAAAACCAUGUUUGCGGCGCUCCAUGCGAAACACCGUGCCCAGUUGCUUCAGGAAAAGAAGCAAACACUCGAUUUGGGCGGCGUGCAGAUCCAGGAGUUGGAGAAGGAACACCAGGAGAUGGAGAACUUGUUAGAGCGGGAAAUUGAGAGAAAUCGCCGGCUCCGCCAGAGAGAGAAACAGAGGGAGAGAGAGGCUGAGGCGGAAGAGAAGGGUACUGAUUCAGAGGUUCCAGAGUCAGAAGCUGAGUCUGGGAGCGAGGCUGAGUCUGGGAGUGACGCCGAGACUGGAAGCGAAGCUGAGACUGGAAGCGACGACUCAGCCUCUGAGGAAACGGUUUCCAAGGUGAAAAAGCGGGUCAGGAUCUUGUCUGACGACGAGGAUGAUGAGAUCAGAGACAAUAUCAUAGCCAAAGCGACUAGUGGUAUUUUCCCCGAAACCCAGAAAGAAAUCAGAAGGACUAGUGUCCUGGACGCUGGAGAUAAUGAUGAGAGCUUCCACCUUGGCUCUUAUGGGGGUGAUCUCUUUGGAAGCAUCGCGCCUGAGACCCAAGAGCAGGCCUUGGACGGGGAUGUGCUCCAGGCUUUGCGCUACAACGGCCAGGUUUUGAAGACAGUGGAGGUUUCAGAGUAUGACAUCUCCAUGGACGCAUCGUUUGCUGGGUAUGUGACGAAAGACGCCAGCAUGGACCGCGGCGCUAUUGAGGAGGAUCUCCAGGAAACGCAAUUAUCGGAGGUUGUUCCGCCAACCCAGACCCAAACACAGAGGUUUCUGACCCAAACCCAAGGGUUGACCCAGACCCAGGUCGAUACCCAGAGGGAGAGAGAAAGCUUGGAUGCCGGUGCCUCGGGAGAUGAAUCAGACUCCGUUCAACGGGUCAAGCACAGGGAAGCCCCCCAAUCUAACAUUCCGGUGGAAUCCGAAUCCGAAGACGAGGUGAUGAGGGAGCUCCGGGUGGAGAAGGAGCGCCAUGCGGAACGGAAACUCCGGCUUCUCCAAAAAAAGCGGCGUUUGGCGAUGGAGCGGUCGGGGAUGCGCCAAAUGAUGGACCAGGAGGCUGAAGAGUCUGAGGACGAAUGGGCUGGUGUGGGUGGUGCCGAUGGCGAAAUUUCUGACCAGGAAGACUCCGAGGACGAGCGGAUGAUUGACAGAUCGCUCAACAUCCGGCUCGGGGAGGCGGAGAUCCGCGCAAAAGCCAUAGACGACAGCAAAACUGCUGAUAAUCAGCUUGUCAACCGGAUGUUGGACGAUUUGAAGCACCAUCGGUGGGCCAAACGCGGGGCAAAGUCAGGAAUGGGAUUGUCUGAUGAUGAGGACGCCAGUGUGUUGUACCAGUAUUAUCGGACCAAGACAAACUUCCAGAAGGAGCAGCUUCUUAAGAAUCAACAGAUGUUGGAGAUGUCGAAGAAUGAGAGGUCGCGGGCGUUUUUUGAAUCGAUUGCGGAUGAGGAUGUUCGGGUGAAGCUUGAUGGGAGUGAGGAUGAUGAGUUUGCCCUAAGCGACCCGGAAAGUCCGAUGGAUGAUCCAGCUGAUCCCCUCAAGCCAAAAGAGAUUCCUCUGAGCCUCCCGUCGAUAAAGCGACGCAAGGUAACGGUGACGUCUGCGUUUGUGCAAAAGACAUUGUCCUUCCUUAACGAAGUGGAAGCGGUGCCUGAGGCCUGGCCUGAAUCAUCGGACGACGAAGACUUGCACUCGCUAAAACAGCGUUCCAUCAUCAAAACGAUCCACAGCACGCCCCAGAAACGCGUCAGUGUUGAGGUGGACGAGUUCCAGGUGCCGACUCGCGUGCGCCUGUUUGCAAAGAGCACCGUGCUGGAGCAGGGCUCCACCGAAAGCUUGGUCACGGUCUCCAGCGGCUUCCGGGCCACCAACGGCUCCAAGGCGUCGGUCACGUAUAUCCGCAGCGUCGCCCAGACACCGGUCCGCGAGUUGAAGGUGAAGAAAAUCCAGCAAAGCGUAAAAUCGGGUGCCACGCGCAGAGAGUUGAAGAGCAUGUUCUCCGGAGGCAAGUUCACCUAGUGUAUUUUAAACGAAACAAUCAAUAUUUAGACCAAGCAAUACGAUUCUAUACUUGCACGUCUAUAAUUUCAUAGUUUCUCACUAUACUAUUUUAAUCGGAAUGAGUCGCUUCACAACGUCGACCCGAAUACCUACGAGCUUGCGGAGAUGAAUGAAACCCUUUUUUGUUUAGAUACAAAAGAAUAAAC